AUGGAUUGCUCUGAGAAUGGGAAGUUUUGUACUCAAACAGGCUCCCAGCAGCACAGGGACAGCAGUGGCUGUCAGGUGAAUGAGGCGGAGAGACCUGUCAAACGUCUCCGAAGGAAGAGAAGACUGCUUCUGGAGUCUGACGAUGACGAGGAAAAUGCAGAUGAGGAUGAGGAGAAGAAUAAAUCAAAUAAUAUGAAAAGCCGCAGAAACACUAAACCAAUAAAACAAGUUGUUCCUGGAAAGAAGAAGAAGGGAUGGAACUGGGUUUCCUACUUAGAAGAGGAACAGAUGCCAGCUGCUCCCCUAAAACUGUUCAGAGAGUAUCAGUCAUUUCCUCAAGGCCGAAAUGGAUUUAAAGUUGGAAUGAAAUUGGAAGGGCUGGAUCCUGAACAUCCCUCUCGAUUUUGUGUUCUCACAGUGGCUGAGGUACAAGGGUACAGAAUGCGGUUACACUUUGAUGGUUAUCCUGAGUGCUAUGACUUCUGGGUUAAUGCUGAUUCCUCAGACAUCCAUCCUGUUGGCUGGUGUGAAAAAACAAGUCAUAAGCUGCUCCCUCCUAAAGGUUUCAAGGAGGGAGAAUUUAAUUGGACUUCCUAUUUGAAGAAUUGCAAAGCUCAAGCAGCUCCAAAAAGCCUUUUCAAGACCCUCAGCACUCCUGUCACACCCUCUGGUUUUCGUCUGGGAAUGAAACUAGAGGCAGUGGACAAGAAGAAUCCGUCGCUGAUGUGUGUUGCAACCAUCAGAGACAUGGUGGAUAACCGCCUGCUAAUUCAUUUCGAUAACUGGGAUGAGAGUUAUGACUACUGGUGUGAAGCUAGCAGCCCAUAUAUUCGUCCUGUUGGCUACUGCCAAGAAACCGGAACCCCACUGACAACACCACCUGGAUGCAAGGAUUCCAAAGCCUUCUCAUGGGAGAAAUACUUGGAGGAAACUAAUUCCCAGGCAGCCCCAGCAAGAGCGUUCAAACUGCGUUCUGCUCACGGAUUCCAAGUUAAUAUGAAGUUAGAGGCUGUGGACAGAAGAAAUCCCAUCUUGAUAAGAGUGGCAACAAUAGUUGACAAAGACGACCAUCGUAUAAAGAUACAUUUUGAUGGCUGGGACCGUAAUUAUGAUUUCUGGGUCGACGCAGACAGCCCUGAUGUUCAUCCAGUAGGCUGGUGUGGAAAAACUGGACAUGCUUUACAAGUCCCUCUAGGUGUUGUUGAUCGAGUGGGAACAGUGGGACAAGCAUGUCCUACUCCAGGCUGCCAUGGUAUCGGUCAUGUCAGGGGACCACGAUAUGGAACACAUUAUACGUUAGUUGGCUGCCCGUAUUCGGAUGUCAACCUCAACAGAGAAAGCUCGUUACAGGACCGCCUGAGCGGGGAGAGACCUUCCCCUAGCAAUAGCAUGCAGAAAGCCAAGAGGCUGGAGACUCCUGCCCCGUUUCUGCUGGGAGCAGGAGAGUCUUCUCAGGAGGACUCUCCACAAUCCAGAAAAUCUGCGCAAGGCAGUGAAAAGUCGUGUCAAAGCAGUGUUCACAGUCUGUCGGAACAGUCUGAAAACAAUCAAGAGAGAGACUGGGUAGAAGAGGAUUCCUCUGCAGAUAUCAAAGCCAAACCAAAAAAGCUUAGGUACUCGCAUGCCUACAUAAAGUUCCAGCUGGUGAAACAGAAAGGCAAUGGGAAAGACCCUGAUUUGGAUCUCCAGCAGGCCCUCCACCAGUCCAUCUUCAUGCCUUCCCUGGCCUCUGACCCGACCCACCGCCUCCAUCUCUGCUGGGAGAAGCACUGCAAGCUCUUGCCAGAGGUCUCGGGCCUCACGGCCAAACACGUGGCCAAAUGGACUGUGGAAGAGGUGGUAAGCUUUAUCCAGCGUUUACCUGGCUGCAAAGAACAAGCGUCUGUUUUCAGGGAGGAGCAGAUAGAUGGUGAGGCCUUCCUGCUCCUGAACCAGAGCGACAUAGUUAAAAUACUCGGUAUCAAGCUGGGUCCGGCCCUGAAGAUCUACAACGCCAUUCUCAUGUUCAAGUCUGCAGAAGACAAUUGA